UCUAACAAUGUUUGGAACGUGUUCAUCCACGUUUUGGUUUGAGAAUAGUUAAUUUACUGUGUCGCGAAAUUACAUUUAAGAAGCAUGCCGGCUACGAACACUCGUAAAAGAAGUAAAGGGCAAAAAAAGAACAAUAGUGGCAAAAGGCAACGUACAGAUGCCACUGUGCAGGAUUCUGAUACCACUCCUGAAUCAUGGCAACCAGAGACGAUCAUAGUCCAAUUAGAGAAGGUACUUCGCAGAAAGGGAAACGCCCGUGAUGCUACAGCCAUGAAAAAAUAUAUGAGAGAUCAGUUCGAGUUUUUCGGCGUCAAAAGCACGCCUCGACGAGAGAUUAUAAGGCAAAUUAUGGGUGGUAAAAAGAGUGGUCUCAGCAAAACCGAUAUCCGAAAGUUUGCUGAAGUUUUGUGGGGGAAACCGCAAAGAGAAUUGCAACAUGUCGCUAUGGAAUUUCUUGAAAAGCAUCGAAAAACAUUGUGUGAAGAAGAUUCUGAUUUUCCUGAAAAUCUUGAAUUCUUCCAAAUGUUAAUAACCACCAAAUCUUGGUGGGACACGGUUGAUAUGUUGGCAUACAAGUUGGUUGGGUAUUUAGUACAGACACACCCAACCAUGGGUAAGCCUGCGAUGCACGAGUGGAUAUCCUCAGAUAACAUGUGGAUGAGGCGGACAGCAAUUUUGCAUCAGUUAGGCUGCAAGGAAGACAGAGAUGAUGAAAUGUUAUUUCAAUUUUGCAAAGCAAGAUGUCAUGAAGAAGAGUUCUUCAUUCGCAAAGCCAUAGGUUGGUCAUUAAGAGAUUAUGCAAAAACCAACCCAAACAAGGUUAAGAAAUUUCUGCUUGAACAUAAAGAUAGCCUGAGCAAGUUGAGUUUUAAUGAGGCUGCAAAACAUCUUAAGAUGGCCAAGAAGUGAACAAGUAUUUUUAGUUAUUCGAACGAAAUAUUUGCCAGUUCUAGGAGGGUCGCAUUAAGAUGCCAAAAAAUACCUUCCAUAUAAAGGCUAUAGAAAAAGAUUAGGAAAUUCAUCUACAAAAGGGAAAACAUGGCCCACUAUAGGUUAAAAUCUUGCAUCUCUUAAAGUGGUUGGAAUUUGUGUGCUAGCUAUUACAUAUAUCACUGUAGGACAGUAUAU